CGCACGGGGCCUGCGCGAGGAGAUAACGCUGAGCUCGAGCGGCGUUGGCAGUUAUUGCAGAAAGGAAGGUGUUCAUGGCUGAUGGAUAACUGGUAAAUUAAAUCAUGUAAAUUAUUACGGACGCUUAAACCUCAGUUUCAGAUAUCUUCCUGCAAUCAGAGAGAAAAUCAGGUAAUUGACAAAAAAAAUCUAUUAUAAGAUGAAAUAUCUCUGCCGGCCUAAGCUACCAUAAAAAGGGAACAAAAUGAACUUAAGCUGUGCUGACAGAGAUGACAGUAGCAUUUUUGAUGGGGUAAUGGAUGAAGAUGAUAAGGACAAAGCCAAAAGGGUGUCAAGGAACAAAUCAGAGAAGAAAAGACGAGAUCAGUUCAAUGUGCUCAUUAAAGAGCUCAGUUCCAUGCUACCUGAUAAUAGUCGGAAAAUGGAUAAAUCAACAAUAUUACAGAAAACAAUUGAUUUUUUACAGAAACACAAAGAAGUCACAGCACAAUCAGAUGCUACUGAAAUACGACAAGACUGGAAGCCUACAUUCCUUAGUAAUGAAGAGUUUACUCAGCUGAUGUUAGAGGCAUUAGAUGGAUUUUUUAUAGCCAUAACAACUGAUGGAAGCAUAAUACAUGUGUCAGAAAAUGUGACUCCCUUACUUGAACAUUUACCUUCUGAUCUUCAGGAUCAAAAUUUAUUGAAUUUUCUGCCAGAGAUGGAACAUGCAGAUGUUUAUAAAUUCCUGUCCACUCAAGUAUUGGAAAGCAAUUCUUUGAUCCCAGAUUAUUUAAACUCAAAAAAUCAGUUAGAAUUCUGUUGCCACAUGCUAAGAGGAACAGUAGACCCUGAAGAACCUCCUGUAUAUGAAUAUGUAAAAUUCAUAGGGAAUUUAAAAUCACUGAAUAGUGUACCUAGAUCUCCACGAAAUGGAUUUGAAGGAGUUAUACUAAAGCCAACUUAUGAAAAAAGAGUAUGCUUUGUAGCAACUGUCAGAUUAGCCACACCACAAUUUAUUAAGGAAAUGUGCACUAUUGAAGAACCAAAUGAAGAAUUUACAUCAAGACACAGCUUGGAGUGGAAGUUUUUGUUCCUUGAUCAUAGGGCACCUCCAAUAAUAGGUUAUUUACCAUUCGAAGUGUUAGGCACAUCUGGCUAUGAUUACUACCAUGUGGAUGACUUGGAAAAAUUGGCAAAAUGCCAUGAGCACUUAAUGCAGUAUGGAAAGGGCAAGUCCUGCCACUAUAGAUUUCUUACGAAAGGGCAACAGUGGAUGUGGCUUCAGACUCACUAUUAUAUUACUUAUCAUCAGUGGAACUCCAGGCCAGAAUUCAUUGUCUGUACGCAUACUGUUGUAAGCUACGCAGAAGUGCGUGCAGAGAGAAGAAGGGAGCUUGGCAUAGAAGAGUCUCCACCAGAUAUUAUUGCUGACAAGGAUUCAAGAUUUGAUACUAAGCCAGAUGCGGUCAGUGUCAAGGAGGCACUGGAAAGAUUUGAUCACAGCCAUACACCAUCUGCUUCCUCGAGGAGUUCAAAGAAGUCGUCUUCACAUACAGCAGUGUCUGAUCCGGCAUCAACACCUACAAAACGACUUACUGACACAAACACUCCUCCACUACCGAAAGUAAUGUAUGGUCAUGAAAGAACCCCCCAGAGAAGGGCAUCACUGAGCAGCCAGUUCUCAGUACAGCUAGGGGCUAUGCAGCACCUAAAGGAGCAGUUGGAACAGAGGACACAGAUGUUGGAAGCAAAUAUUCAGCGUCAGCAAGAAGAACUUCGAAAAAUCCAAGAGCAGCUUCACCUUGUCCAAGGACAGGGAGUUCAGGUUCAGCAGACUUUGCAAAGUAACCACAGGCAACAGAGCUUAAUUUCCAGACAGGAUGCUCUCACAACUUCCCACUGUAACACUAUGAUAAAUUCCCAGCCCACAACAGCCAAUGUUGGACAGCUUACUCCUCCUCCAUUCCAAAAUUCUAACCAAAGCUGCACAGUUACCACUCUUCCUCAUGACAGGUUUCUCCGAUUCCAACAAGGCCAGCAACUUGUGACAAAACUGGUAACUGCUCCUAUGAGAUGCAGUGCAGUUAUGGUUCCAACAACUAUGUUCAUGAGUCAAGUGGUGACCACUCAUUCCACUCUCAUCACUCAGCAGCAAGAAGUUCAGACUUUGCCAUUAACACAAAGUCAGCAUGAAGAAACUACCACAACAGCUCCACCACAGUCUCAAACACCUAGCCAGCAGCUACAGCAGUGUCCACAGGGCAACCAGAACUGCACACAGUACUCCAGAAGAAACCUCACCAAUGUCCUGUACAAUCACAAUAUGACUUCUCAACCCCUGUACUCAAAUUGUCUGAACAAUGAAGGCAAGUGUGCUAGAUGUCCUGUCUACCUUUAUAGAUCGUAGAAUCCCUACAGUGCGGAAACAGGCCCUUUGGCCCAAU